AUGCGCGCCUCCACUCUCAUUCUCGCGCUUCCUGCGCUCGCUGCAGCCCAACAGCAGAUUCCCAUCCUCGACCAAGUCGCAGACCGCGUCAAGGGCUGGCUGUCAAGAGCUACUGCUAGUGUGAGCGCUGUGGUUGAAAAGGCAUCGACACAAGCUUCUGUCGCCGAUCCUGUCGCGGCCGCUGCUGCAACGGUCGUCGAUCUCAAAGUGGAGCGCCUCACGCUCGAAAAUCACAAGGACCUGAUCCAGCCCGGUGCAUCGACCGCGGCGCCCGGCAUCGAGACCUGGGAGGUGUUCGUGACUGGAGGCAACAAAACGUGCUAUGGCAGGUGCACUCGUGCCGAGACUGCCUUUAAUGAGUCCGUUCUACUGCUCGCAGCGUCGACCAACCCGCCGCCGCCGCGUCUUGCGCUGUUGGAUUGUGAGUCCGAUGGCGUUCUCUGCCACGCAUGGGCUGUAUCGCCGCCGAGCAUCCUUCACCUCCAGCUGCCGCAGCCUUUGGCCGAUCAAUCGACUCCAGCAUCGACUGUGCGAUCCAUCAGGCUAAACAGCACGACUGUGACCGCUCCUCAGAUUGCUGCUCUCCAUCUCGAAGAAAAAUACCUCGAGACUGAGCCAUACGAGGGCUACUUCCACCCCUUUGAUGGACCCCUCGCGGAAUAUGGUCUGCAAAUACCUCUGGGAUAUGCUGUGCACUACUUCUCGAUGAUCCCAUCGUGGGCUUUCAUGAUUGGCAUCAGCUUCUUCAGCCGCAGUAUCAUGGGCCGACGAAUGACACCUGCCGCUCCACAAGCAAAUGCUGGACCUGCAGCUGCAGCUGCGCAAUAG